AUGGACACCUGCGACACCUCCAAUGGCUACGAUGGCCGCAUGGGACUGCGUAUAUCCUCCAUCUUCGUCAUCUUAGCAGGCUCCCUGUUCGGCGCCGUCUUCCCUGUUCUCGCCAAACGACUUGGCGGAGAUGGCAUCCCCUCAUGGGCGUUUUUCAUUGCCAAAUAUUUCGGGUCAGGGGUCAUUAUUGCCACGGCUUUUAUCCAUUUGCUUGCUCCUGCCGAGGAGGCGUUGACGAAUCCUUGUCUGACUGGCCCAAUCACGGAGUACAGUUGGGUUGAGGGGAUUGUGUUGAUGACGAUUGUAGUGAUGUUUUUUGUGGAGUUGAUGGUGAUGCGGAAUUCUUUUCCGGAUGGGCACGGACAUGGACAUUCGCAUGAUGAGGAGGACCAUGAACGUGGGGCGCAUUCUCAUUCGCAUUCACAAUCGACUCUGCGGACUCCAGAUGCUGAUGCGAUAACGACCGAAUCGCCGAUCUGCAAUUCUCCCAAAGAACAUGAGCAUGUCCCUGGCAACGACCAUCUCAGUCAUACCCGGGACCACCACGAUCUGGAGUCGGACAAAUCACCGCUAAUCUCCGCCGAGGACUAUGCAGCCCAACUCACGGCUGUGUUCAUUUUAGAAUUCGGCAUCAUUUUCCAUUCCGUCUUUAUCGGAUUGACGCUUGCCGUCUCAGGCCAAGACUUCGUAACGCUCUACGUCGUGCUCGUCUUCCAUCAAACCUUUGAAGGCUUAGGUCUCGGCUCGCGAUUAGCAACUCUACCCUGGCCAAAGUCCAAACGCUUCACCCCUUAUCUUCUGGGAAUUGGAUAUGCAAUCUCCACACCCAUUGCAAUCGCAAUCGGCCUAGGUGUACGAAACACAUACCCCCCCGAUGGUCGCACAACGUUGAUUGUCAACGGCGUCUUCGAUUCAAUUUCAGCCGGAAUUUUGAUCUAUACCGCCCUUGUCGAACUCAUGGCCCACGAGUUCAUGUUCAGCACAUCCAUGCGACGAGCGCGGCUAAGUACUGUGCUGUGGGCAUUUUUCCUAAUAUGCCUUGGUGCUGCACUGAUGGCAUUAUUGGGUAAAUGGGCUUGA